AUGCAGUCCGACUUGGAAUUCCAGUCGCCCUUGAUAUUCGACGAAUCAGUGGACUUUUCUGACCCGGAGGAAUCCAGAUUCGCAGGAACCUUCUCGGACGGCCUCCUGGCCAAGUCAGGAGGAGCUUUGUCCAUGGCGACCUACGGAAAAUGUCCUCCUGCCAAUUUAUUGGACUUUAAUGGCACCACUGGCGGCUUCUCUCAUGAGGCAUUGUCUUCCUAUCCUCAGGGUUCCUACUCAGGACAAAUCUACACCCCUGUGCUGGAAAGUCAUCCGGUUUCGGACGACGAGAGCAUCCACUAUGUCGCCAAUAAUAGUGGAUAUGCGGGUUCUCCCGUAGACUUCCCGCGCUCUCCCAGUCUGGAUGUCUCUGCCCGGCCAGCACCCGAGAUUAUUUCCUGCGACCCGUCCAACGGUGCGGAAGGCACCAAAUUCUCCGCUCAAAUCCGCGCCGGCUUCGACGUCGUUGACCCCGUCCCCUGGAGCUUCGCCUUCAUCUUCGGAUCUUGCCGUCGUGACUGUUCCAUUGCUCGCCUACGCACCGCCAAAGCUUCUUAUGAAUACGUUCUCAUGGCUGACGCUCCCCCAUUCUCGGCUACCCAGUCUACCUCCCUCAAAGUGCCUGUCCAGCUGAUCAUGGAUGACCCUGAAGGCCCCACCGCUCAUGUUGUCCAGGUCUGUGUGUUCAAUUACCAACAGUGUCUCGACGCCAUUUCCCCUGCAUCGCGCAAACGGAGAAUGUCUUGUGGCUCAGAUGAUACCUCGGCCUCAACCAAUUCCACUUCUGUGAAACAUCUGAGGGUCAAGGACAGCCCUAGGAGCUCGGUCUACGCCGAGAGCCUAUCGGCUUCGCCCUAUUCUCCAUAUCUGCCAACGCCAACGUCGAUGACAAGCUACUCUGGCCCACAACGCAUUCCAUCGCCGCUUCCACCUACUCAGUUGGAAGUGUACAAUGUUUCGCAGUCCAGAGUCAAAGCGCCGUCUCCACUCGCAUCCUCUUGGAGCCCCGCCUUCCCAGACAGCACCAUUGCUGAUUUCAACCCUCGCUUCAGCGUGUCGUCGCUUGCGCAGACUCAGGAUCUACCCAUGUCUGUCAGAGCUGGUCAGAACCCAACUCUCAUUCGCACUUCGACCAUUCAGCAGUCGUUGGGAGGCUCCAAUGUCAUCGGCCAGCCUCAGCCGUUCAAUCCCUAUGCCAUGUACCCCUCCAAGGCAAUCUUGAAGCUGAACGGCGAUCUCGACACGAUGGCUGAUAACUGGACCAAGGACGAACAGGAAUGCCAAAGACGGCUCGUGCAGUUCACUCGCCAACAGACUGGCAGCACCAUCCACGCCGACUUCAAGCCCGUUACUGCAGUCGAGCGCGUCCCCAACAGCAUCUGCAUCAGCUGCAUCUACUGGGCUGGCAAGAAGGAAUGCUUCGUCACUAGCGUCGACACCAUUUAUCUGCUCGAGUCGCUCGUUGGCGUGCGAUUUACUGUCGAAGAGAAGAACCGCAUUCGCCGGAACCUGGAAGGAUUCCGCCCCUUGACUGUUUCCAAGACCAAGGCCGAGAGUGAGGACUUUUUCAAGGUCAUUAUGGGAUUUCCCAACCCCAAGCCAAGAAACAUUGAGAAGGACGUGAAAGUAUUCCCGUGGAGAAUCUUGGCUCAUGCGUUGAAAAAGAUCAUUGGAAAAUAUUCCGCCAGCUAUUCCUCCACUGCCGGAACCCUACAGGCCCCGCUUGCAUCCAAUUUUCCGGUACACGGCAGCGCGAACGGCACUAUGGAUUUCCAUGCUGGCUCCCAGCAAUCUAUCGUCGAUGUCUCCGCUCCAGGCGUGUCUCCACACCUUCGCGUGCAGAUGUACGGCCACGCUCACCAAGGCCCCGCCAACCCGCCUGUCCGCGUCGUCAUGCCCUCGAUCGAGGGCCCGCAGACUUCGCCCUAUCAAUUCCACGGCACGCCGGCCCCACAUCGCCAGAUGCCGUCGCCGGCCAUGGUCCAUCGACAACACCCGCAGCACCAACACCAGCACCCGCACCAGCACCAGCACCACCCUUUUGACUUCAACACCUUUGUCAGCAACAACUCCGUCUCGGCGCCGCCCAAUGUCCCUCAUGACCUGGCGUAUUCGUAUCCUGGUAGCUUUGCUGCUGUCAACCGCGAUGGCGUCCCGUCGCCGUACGUCCUGGGCCACCACCCAAGUACAAGCGCAUAA